GAUUUUUCCUAUGUUUUCUACCGCUUUGAUCGCCUAAUCUAGAGACGCUGUCGUUGCUAAUAUGUGCCGCUUCAAGCAUUCAAUCUAGAGACCUCGCGCCAGACGUCCCGUGUUCGUUUUCGUUUUCUCUUUCUGCCUUUCAUGGGUUAUAAAUAGGUCUUUGCUUUCUCUCGGCUGCGUGGGCUGUGAUUGGCCGGCGUGGUGUUUCAGGCCGUUCUGCGGCUUUUAUUCGGUGUAUCGGGUCGGCCUCGCUUCGAUCGUUCAAUCUAGAGGCGUCGCCGCGGACGGCAGAGGCAUGAUCCUGGUCGGACCCUUCGUCUUCAACGUCGGGGACGUGGGUGAGGAAGACGUCAGUGCCGUGGACGGUGGUGGUGUGUGUGGUCUGGAUCGGACCAGUGGCGGUCAGGCACGAAGUCCGGCAUGGCGGAGUCGGAGAUGUCGACGAAGACCCCCAGGAGCGGGGCCGGGUGGAAGUCCGGCGGAACGAGGGGACGAGCGGACGGCUCGGAGCGCGCCGUUCUGUAUCUGUUCUUGAUGUUCUUGCUCACUCGCUGUCGUUGCCUGCCCAUCUCUUUCCUAUCUCAUAUUUUUUUUCUUUCUUUUUCAUGCUGCAGUUCGUGGUACCCUACUGCUGCAGGGGAGCCGUGGAAAGACUGGAAGCCGUCCGGGACAUCAACAACAGGCCGAUGGGUGUGCGGUCAGUGGGCUGCACAAGGACUAGUGAUCUCCCAGGAUGCAGCUGCAGAGCGGGGUUUUGUCGCCGCCAUCAGGGCCUGUACUGGGCAAGAGUCCUGUCGAGCCGAUGCCGCUCCUGCUCUGCAGAGCGAGAACUUGCAUCGCCGUCCCCACCCAUCAAGGCUCCCUCCAGCAUGUCUCUCGCCGUUCGAGCGGGAGUGGCGCCAGUGCCACCGUCCAGUAUCUACGAUGAAGGGCCAGCAACCACCACCACGGCGGAGCCGGCUACGUAGUUCAAGCUGCUCCACCGAGAAAAACCGUCGCCGGGGAGCUACUUCGCGUUGCCAUCUCCAGGCCCCACCUGCAUCCUUUGCUGCCCACGGACACCCGCGCACCUCCCUCACGACCUGACGGAACAAGCGCCUCCAUGUGCUGGCGUUCCUCUCGCACGCUGCCAUGUUGCUACUAUCUUCCUCCCAGGCACGUAUAAUGAAAGUUCAUCUCCUUCCUUCAAUUCCUGUGAUAUUGUAUUCUGUGCGUUCGUGUCUUAUGGGGAAAAAAAUCUCGUACAACCGGAUCGCACGAGGCCAAAACGGGAGACCACCUCGAGCGCAUGACAUCUGGCGUACGAAUCUCAACGCAGCGCUCGCCUGGCUUCCAGCCCAGCCCACCCCACAUCCGUUUCCCACGCCCCACGCCCCGUCCUUUCAGCUUCUAUUCUGUUUCAUCUUCCCAAACGAAAAAACCCAUCUCCAUCUCUUCCAUCUCGCCGGCGACGGCGUGCCAAGAUGGCGCAACCCGAUGAGGGCAACGAGGCACUGGAUCGGGAGACCACCUCUCUGCCCACGGCUACUCCAAUCUGGCAAUUUCCGACGACUGAGACUAAUGGCCAGCCCUCGAUGAGCAGCACACCGGCGGCCUCUGCUCCAGAAUCCUCUCUGCCCACAGCUACUCCAACCAUGCAAUUGCCAAGAACUGAGACUAAUGGCCAGCCGAGAAUGAGCAACACCAGUGAAUAAUCAAGACAUACAAGAUGCAGAUAAUGCUCCAAGAGUUGGGAAGUGCUUUCAGUCUGAGGAAGAGGCGUACCAAUUUUACAAUUCUUAUGCUCAAACCAAGGGAUUUAGCAUUAGGAAGUGCCACUUGAAGUUUAGAGCAGAUGGGACUUUAAGUUCCAGAUAUUUUGUUUGUAGCAAGGCAGGUGUGAAAAAUGCUAAUCCAACACAUGUGGCCAAGAAAGAAAAAGCUAUUUCGAGGACUAAUUGUAUGGCUCGAGUUCAAUUCAGCAUCAAUCAAGAGGGAAUUUGGACUGCUCAGAAAGUUACGCUCGACCACAAUCACCAGCUUGUAAGUCCAGAUAAGAGGCACAUGCUUAGAUCGCAGCGUCAACUCUUAGAUGCCGAUCGCCACAUGAUUAAGCAAAUGAGGACAUCGGGAAUUAAACAAGCCGAAAUAUAUGAUUUUUGCGAGCUUUGGUAUGGUAAAGAUGCUAUACCCUUCUUGCAAAUGGAUUGCAACAAUUAUUUGUGAAGUGAGCGCUCAAAGUAUUUGGAAACCAAAGAUGCACAAACAUUAAUGGAGUAUCUAAAGAACAAGCAAGCCGAGGACCCUUCGUUUUUCUAUGCCAUGCAGUUAGAUGAUGAUGAUGGUACAAUAAUGAACAUCUUUUGGACUGAUGGACAAGCUAUCAUGGACUAUUCUGUCUUUGGAGAUGCCCUUUCCUUUGACACCACAUUUUCAACAAAUAAGUUUCAAAUGCCAUUUGCUCCGUUUAUUGGUGUUAAUCAUCACAAGCAGACUAUUCUUUUUGGUGCAGCACUACUAUCUAAUGAAUCUGCAGAUACCUUUGAGUGGGUUUUUAGAACCUUUCUACAAGCUAUGUCUGGUAAGCAGCCUGAAACAAUAUUCACCGAUCAAUGUGCCGCCAUUAUAAAUGCUAUUGGAAGGGUUUUCCCAAGAACACGACAUCGUCUUUGUUUAUGGCAUUUGUAUCAAAAUGCUGCAAAACAUCUAAGUCAAGUAAUCAGCGACAAUGAUAAUUUUCUUAAAGAAUUCAAAAGGUGUGUGUAUGAAGAUAGAUCACUAGCACAUUUUGAGAAUAGAUGGCAUGAGCUAUUGCUUAAGUAUCAGAUUGAGGAUAAUUCUUGGAUAAGCAAUCUGUACAAGUUGCGUGAGAAGUGGGCUACUAUCUAUCGUCAGGAUUCUUCUAGUGCAUAUAUGACAUCAACCCAAAGGAGUGAAGGAAUGAACAACGUGUUCAAGAAAACUUUCCGCAAAAGGCUUUGUCUUUCUGAAUUGAUAGAAGCAUAUGAUAAGUGCAUUUCUCGUCUUCGCCGGAAAGAAAAAUACGAAGACUACAAGUCACGGCAUACCAUUCCAGUAUCCUGCCUACCAAACCUACCUUUGUUGAAGACUGCGGCUGAAUCAUAUACUAGGACACUCUAUUCUGAGUUUCAAGAGGAAUUCAAGAAGCAAUUCAGUUUAUCAUGUAUUUUCCUGAGCACGGAUGGCACAAUUAGCACUUACAAGGUGACAUCUUUCGAGUACAAGAAUGAUGAAGCCAUAGUGGCUUUCAACCCAGCUACUUUGGAGAUAUCUUGUUCAUGCAAAUUGUAUGGUUGUGUACGUAUAUUGUGCAAGCACGCUCAUAAGGUUUUCACAUGCUGCAAUAUCAUCAUCCUGCCAAGUCGGUACAUAUCGAACAGAUGGACGAAGUAUGUAAAACAAGAAAUUUUUACAUCAAAACUGAAUUGCAAUGAUAGCUUAGAAUCCAUGUUUGCACAUACUUCUCGAAAGAUGAUUUCACUUACAUUGAAGUGCAAAACAUCAAAGGAGGUUCUUACACAUCUCAACAAUGGUAUUGAUAAGUUGGCUUUGGAAGCACUAGAAUUACUUAGCAAUUUAAACUUGGGUGAAGAUGAGGACUCUGAAAGUUCCUCCGAAAUGACUGGAUAUGUUGCAAAAACAAUGGUGCCAUUUAGAGCUCCUGAACGAAUAAAAGGUUCAAAGCAAAAAAGAUCAAAAGAUGUGCUAGAGGGAGCAAAGAAAGGCAAAAAAAGGAAAAGGUACAAACUAUCCAGCAAAGGAGUCUGUGUUUGUUUCGUCCGCAGCUGGCCCUUCGGAAUAUGAUUUUGGUGGUACUAUAAAUCCAUCAAUAUCCAUGGCAUUUGGAGAGUAUCCAUCAUUUUUAGGUCAACCUAUCCAAGGAGAAUUCACAAGACUAUUGCUUGAAGCUCAUGGAGAUGGCACAACACCGCCGGCCGCUCGUCAACUGGAUUUCAACGGUGGUGCUAGUACAUCAAGGUUUUAGCCGUGACGAGCCCGAUCGUGCGUUGAUGCAUAAUGCCUUGUUGGUUCCUCAAUGCUAGUUAGCUGGGCAUAUAUUCUAUUAAACUGAAGCUAUCAUUUUCUUCUACUGCUAUGUGCUAGUGUUUCACCUGAAGCUAUCAUUUUCUUCUGGUGCUAUGUGUGUAUUUCACCUGGCAAAUGGUGCUAUUUACUUGCUGCAAUAUAAAACUGAAUCUAUCAUUUUCCUCUGUAGCAAACCAUGAAUGUUUGUU